AUGGCAUUCGAUCGUCUAGUCCAGGUAUACCGGUCAUGCCUUUUCCAAAUUGUGAUUGUUGGAAUAGUCGCGUUCUGCGAACCUGGCAUUUGGACUGCUCUCAACAACCUCGGAGCUGGAGGUAACGCUAAGCCCUAUCUGAACAAUGCCGCCAAUGCCUUGACAUAUGGGCUUAUGUCGGUGGGCUGCUUCCUCGCUGGUGGAGUCACCAACAAGAUCACCGCUAAAUGGACACUGUUCAUCGGAGCCGCAUUCUAUACCCCCUAUGCUGCUGCUCUGUAUUGCAAUAACCGUUACGGCAACGAAUGGUUCCUCUUGCUCGGAGCCGCAUCUUGCGGAAUUGGCGCAUCUCUUCUAUGGGCCAGUGAGGCUGCUAUUGCCGUUGGUUAUCCCGAGGAAGAGAAGCGAGGACGCUACGUUGGAAUCUGGAUGGGUAUUCGCCAAAUGGGACCUCUCGUUGGAGGUGCCAUCUCUCUUGCUCUCAAUGUCAACACUGCAGAGGUUGGCAAGGUCACUUAUACCACAUAUCUCGGCCUUGUCGCCAUCUCAUCCCUCGGAGCUCCCUUCUCACUGCUGCUGUCACAGCCGCAGAAGGUUAUCCGAAGCGACGGCACCAAGAUCCCGUACAUGAAGAAGACAAGCUUGCCUAUUGAAGCUCGCGCGAUCUGGAAGCAGAUCAAGAACAAGUACAUGCUGUUGCUCAUCCCGGUCUUCGUCGCCGGACAAUUCGGCACAACCUACCAAGGAAACUACCUGACAACAUACUUCACCGUCCGCUCCAGAGCCCUCGCCUCUUUCCUGACAGCCAUCGUUGGCGUCACCGCCAACUUGACCACGGGCGCCAUUCUCGACCUGAACUAUUUCCCCCGCAAAACCCGCUCAAAAGCCAUGUACCUGAUCAUCCUCUUCUUUGUCACCGCAGCAUGGACCUGGUGCGCUGUCAUCCAGGCCAAACUCGCCCGCAUGGACAAGCCACCCGCCUUCGACCUGGGCGAUGGCCACUUCUUCAACUCAGCCUUCACCGUCUACCUGUUUUUCAAAUUCUUCUACGAGGUGCUGCAGACCUACAUCUACUGGCUGAUGGCCGAGAUCAAGGGCGCACAGGGAGACGGCGAUAUCGCACGAACCACUGGCAUCCUGCGCUCCUGGGAGUCCAUUGGCAGUACCAUUGCCUAUGCUGUCGGCGCUACCCACUGGCCGAACCAGAACCAGAUGGCGCUGGGCUUCGCGUUGUGGGCUUUCACUGUCCCGUUCACAUUGCUGGCGGUGUUUGGUAACUGGAAUGUCGAUACCACUGAGGUGUCGGUCGAAUCGGAAACGGAUGAGAGCUCGCUUGAGGCUCAGACUGAGAAGGUGGCUAUCUCCGCUGAGGGGAAGAAUUGA